GAUCCGUCUGGUCGAGUUUAAUCGGGUUGUGCAGAAAACCAGAAAAACCCUCUGUACAUCUGAUAAUGGAGGGCAAGCAAGAUCAUGGACACAGUCCUACUUCCACAGAACUCCCAGCAGAGGGCGACAGAGACAGUAAUACAAUUCUUGAAACUAACGCUACUCAAGAGAAGAUACCAGUCAAGAAAAAAAACCGAGCAAGAAAGAAUCGAGGUGCAAAGAAUGUAUCAAACCAAACUCUGAGAGAACAACCAAAUCAUGAUCAGUCUCCUGAGAAAGGAAAAGUGAAAGUAAAAACCGAACAUGCCUUGACUCAGACAACCACUGACCAAUCGACUCAGACUGAAUCUCUUCAGGACGUUUCCACCCAGAGUCCUCCACUCCAGUGCAUCCACAUUCAUCCUACAGAAUCUAAAUCAACUCAGACCAUUAAGAAAAGGCUCUCGUAUAAGCAAGUAUAUGAGGGCAAACUGGAAGCAGAAGAGGACCAGAUCAGUUCUCCUGAUAACAACAGAGACCUUGAGCAGCUGAUGGUGCUCACCUGGAACAUAGAUGGCCUGGAUCCUGAAGAUCUCAGGGAACGAGUCCCCAACUUAUUGCUUAAUUUAGGAAAGUACCGUCCAGAUGUAGUACUGCUACAAGAACUUGUUCCACCUUAUCUAAACAUCUUAAAAGAAGUUAUGACAGAUUAUGAUUUUCUGCAGGGCAGCGAGGAUGGAUAUUUCUCUGGAAUAUUGCUUAGAAAGUCCAGAGUAGAAUUACUUCAGAGCACCAUCGUGAAAUAUCCCACUACAGAAAUGAGCAGAAAUCUGUUAAUGGCUGAGGCAACCUUCUCAGGCCAUCAGUUGUGUUUCAUGACUUCUCACUUGGAAAGCAUGAAAGCCAGCUCACAGGAGCGUAUGAACCAGAUUCGCAGGGUCUGGAAGAGGAUGAAGGAGGCACCAGACAACCAGACGGUCAUAUUUGGAGGAGACACCAAUCUAAGAGACAAGGAGGUAAAUAAACUAGGAGGUGUACCAGAUAGUAUUACAGAUGUAUGGGAAAUGCUUGGAGAGCCUGAAGACUGCAAGUACACCUGGGACACAGUCACUAAUAACAAUAAUGAUGUCACCUUUGCUGCACGGCUGCGUUUCGACCGCGUUUUUCUCAGAACUGCUAAGGAGGACGCUCAGCUAAAACCAGUAAGCAUGACACUGGUGGGUCUGAAGAGACUGCUGUGUGGCCGUUUUAUCAGCGAUCACUGGGGCAUUCUCUGCACAUUUUCUUUCGAAUCAUCGAAGUAGUGAGAUGCCGGUAUUUUCUUUACGAAUUUUAUUUUAUUUAACAGCUUUUACAUUGUUUUGUUAAAAGAUAAACUAUUAUGAAAUUGUUUUAUGGUGCCUUUUGCUUUUCUUCAUUGGGAAAACUUAUUAUAUCAGUAAUAUAGCUUUAUUGUUGAGGAUUUGGGUGUGUGUUCAGGUAUUUUCAUUUCAUGAUUUUUUAACAUGUAAUCUACACAGAAUGUGAUUCUGAAUAUUUCUAAAUUAAUAAAUUAUUGCUGUUGAAUAUUAAUUAUUAUUAAUAGCAAUUGGCCACACCAGCAAGCAACGGUUCAUAAAAAAAUGCACAUUUUAGGGCUCGUACUGUUCUGUGGACUUUGCAGUGUUAAGAGAUUUUUGUGUCACUUAAUAGAUUUUUUGGUUAUUUAUCAACCUGAUAUUUAAACACUUUUGUUUUCUGUUAGGCAAGACUUUUAACUUAACAGCAGUGUGUUAUCCAGCUAUAACAGGCUAUCAGUGUUAGACUUCACUGCUAUUGUAUGAUCACAGUUUUUUAUGAUUAGUCAGUGGCUCAGUGUAAUGAUGCAGCAGCAGGCCAUUGAUCUCAGUUUGUUCAAUUUUGCUAAGUCAGUUUAAAAUAAAAACUGUGGUUGCAGGUAACUCAACGUCCCCUAAACUUAAAAUCUUUGAAACUCAACGCCCUUCGUCGAGAAAUUUGUACCCUUAAACUAAACGUUUUCCUUAAACUAAACGUGUUCAGUUUGUUUUUCAAAAAUGUAUUUAUUUAAUUUCAAAUUAACAAUGAGCAGUCGCUUUGUUCAGCGCUUGGCUUGAGCGGUGCGGUAAUACGUCAUCAAAGUGUGCAUACGAGACGAAUCUGCAUUCAUGUGGAAUAACCGUUUAGCUGGAUUUUCCUACCUGUUUUACUUUUAAACUUGUGUUACAGCUCAGGGUUCUGAGAAAUUGUAGGAAUCAGCUUUUUAUUUCAGUGUUUUUAUAUUUUAUUUGUGUUAUUUUCAGUGUAUAAGUGUCACCCUAUUAUUUUACAUAAGCCUAAAAUAUAUGCCAGUCGAUGGGACCAUGGAACGCAUUAACAGGUUUCUCAUACAUCCUUAUGGGAAAAAAUACCUUGAAACUCAAUGCUUUUUAAACUCAACGCCACUCCCAGAACCAAUUGACACUGAGUUUCAAGGUACCACUGUAAAAGCCAAUUUCACUAACUGACUUGGCAGAAAGACUAGCAAAUGGGCUAAGUGUAGGAGCUAGUUGCCAGUUUUUGCUGCUGUGUUGAUUUUUGGGAAAUGAUUUUUGCCAUGGGGUGAAACAGAUUCACAUACAUAAUGAGCUUGUGUUUCUUUCUGAAAUGACUUAUAUAAAAGCAUAGGCAAAAUGUUACAGUUUUAAUUUAAGUAAAUGUAUUCUGGUCAUCCUAUUUAACAAUUAUACAAUCAGUUUUUAAAAAUGAUGCUGUAAAAACAGAACACUACAAUGAAAACAAAUAAAUUCUUUAAAAGAGUA